AAAGUUGAUGUCAUUUUCACUUCUCAGUCCUCACACUCGCAGCACCAAAACCAUUUUGCACUCACAAGAACCCAACCCCAACUCCAACAAAAAACAACACAACUAGAAUCUCUCUCUCUCUCUGCAUUCUCUUCUCUUCCUCAUGGCGUCCCUGACCCCGGGCGUCCUCUCGAAGCUCCUGGACAACGCGGGUUCCAAGGUAACCGCCGCUCACCGGCAGGCCCUCCUGCAGGUGACGGAGAUCGUGCCGCGCCUCUCCUCAACCUCCCCAUUACAGAGCCGCGGCUACUUUUUAAAACUCUCGGACUCCCUCCACUCCGCCUACGUCUCCGUCCCCGACGCCGACGCCGACCUCAUCUGCGCCGGCAAGCUCCACCUCGGCCAGUUCGUCUACGUCACACGCCUCGACGCCGCCUCCCCCGUCCCCCUUGUCCGCGGCCUCAACGUGCUCCCCCGCCGGAGGCCCUGCGUCGGGAACCCUACUGAGUUGGUUCCCAGCGAGAGGCUUUGCGUCGCCACUCCGAAGAAAAAGAAGAGAGAAGAGGUUGUUAAGAAGGAGAAGGGGUUGGAGAUGAUGAGGAGGUUGAGUUUGGAUUCUUCUAGAAGGGUUUGGGAUCAGAGUCCGGUUGCAAAACGGAAAACCGCUUCUGCGAGUUCGCUUUCGAACAAUCUUAAGGCCAAGAAGUCUAACUCUAACCCCACUUCGCUUAACGUGAUAGACAAGAAGGUUGUUUCUGUCAAACCUGAUUCUCCACUAAAAUCUCCAACAUCAAGUGUCUCACCCUUGAAGAAUAAAAACGAGAACCUGUGUCCAAAAUCAUUGACAAUCACACCUCCGAGGAAGAGUACUAGUACUAGUACUAGGUCACCCUGUGGUGGCACUGUUCAUAGCCCACUUGUUAAGGUCCCCCUCAAUUUCAAGACUUGGUGUUAUGAUACUCCUGCAUGUUGGGAAGAUGUCUCACUCCCCAUGUGUGAUCUUGGAAAGCAAGUUGUGACUCAUAGAACUGUUGCCUUUUUAGCGGCUGUGCGGUCUCUUGAAGAAGCAUCUGCUACAGAUUCUGUGAUCCAAUGCAUGUGCAUGUAUGCAGAACUUUGCCAGUCUGGUCAAACACAUUCUCCUGGAUCACUUGUGAAGCAGUUUUUGGAGCUUCACCUGAGUUUGCAGAGAGUAACAGUGCUGUUUGAUUCGUUACUCAACCCACUUCCUGAAACAAAGUCAAGCAGCCACUCUACCCUACAGUGUCUAACAGAAGAUGCAUGCAAAGUUCCCACCCGAAAGAAUGCUAUAUCUUGGGUACAAGCUGCCGUAGGUACCAAUCUUUCCAAAUUCAAUCUAUUUGAAACACAGGCGAAAAGUGAGGUUCUAAAUGGUGAGAAAUGUCAUUAUGUUGUCAUUGAGAAUACUCCCGAGGACAUCAAUACUGAGACUUCACCUGCUCAAAACAAGCAAAAUCGUGUAACUCAAGCAAACCACUUGCCAAAUUCAACUGCUAAAAGACUUCCUUCUUCAAAGCGGAAUCUCUUGGCAGCAAAGAACAAGGAUGCUGACAAACAUGAUCGAUCAAAAGAAAUCAAAUUAAAAGAGGCUGCGAGUUUGGCAGAAAAACUGCUUGAGGCAUCUAGCGAAUGGUUCCUGAAGUACUUGGAGGAGUCUCUGAGUAAUGAGUUCGGGUUGAAAAAUGAAGGGAACACUGAAAUUGCAAGUCUUCUUGGACAACUCAAACAGGUGAAUCACUGGUUAGAUAAUUUGGCUGGUGGAGAUAAGGUUGAUCACCGGGUAGAGAAGCUAAGGAAAAAUUUGUACCGGUUUCUACUUGAGCAUGUUAAUUCUGCCGUUACUUCUAAUUAGAGUAAAUGUAGAAGAACUACGAGAGCUAACAAUUGACAAAAUGGAGAAUACUAUCCUCAAAUGACUGUGCAUUGGACAGCUGACAGUGGUAUUACAGUGAAUAUUUAAAGUUUAAACAGAUCGAUUUGGUCUUGGUGUAACCACUUAACUUAGGAUCUUACAUGUACCUUGUAUAAUUUAGUCUUUGUCACUGAAUGAAGUUAUGCCCAAGAUUUUUACAUUUUGAGCUGUAUUCUAAUGAUAUGGACAUGUUAUUAUUGACAGUAAAUUUUGGUUUAUAUUCAUUUUGGAUUAACCUUGAGAGUUCCCA